UUGAUUUACGAGCACGUAGUGGUUUUAUGCGCCUGGCUAUUUUCAGCGGGGCCACUCUCCACGUUGGCCAGCGCCCAGUGAGUGACGCGCGCUCAUUUGGACAGCGUGACAUCUUAAUUCAUAAAUCUGCGUCCCAUUCCGCGGGCUCUGACGUUCGCCCUCACGGACACGCUGACGAACCCUUCCUGCUUAUAAGAUACCUUGACAACAUUUUCUCUUAUGAACGCAUCCUGUGUCUAAAUCCAGACUGUUGCUGCGCCCAGAUGUCAUUUAGAGGAGUCUUCAGUCCAGCACAGCUCGUCCGGUCCACGCCAGUGUGACUUCAGAUUUAACUCUCAAGGACAGCCACAUCACCGCCCUGCCUUCGCGUUUAUAGGGCACUCAGAGCCGAUCUUCCACACAUAGUCCCGUCAGUCUCGAUGCCAUUCGUUUCCCCCAGAAGGAUUCCGGGGUCCCAGCGGUGAGGUGAGAGGAGGAGGAGGAUGGCCAUCCAUGUGGAGGGACUGGUGGCGAUAUUCAUCUUCUACACCCUGAUCCUGGUCGUGGGAAUAUGGGCGGCGUGGAAGAACAAGAACUCGGGGGUGUCCGAGGGAGCCGACCGCAGCGAGACGAUCAUGGUCGGAGGGAGAGAUAUCGGGUUAUUUGUUGGCGGAUUUACCAUGACAGCGACUUGGGUCGGAGGAGGCUACAUCAACGGCACCGCUGAGUAUGUCUAUCUGCCCGACUACGGGCUGGCCUGGGCGCAGGCUCCUUUCGGUUACGCGCUCAGUCUGGUCGUGGGUGGUCUCUUCUUCGCCAAGCCGAUGCGCUCCCGUGGCUACGUCACAAUGCUCGACCCGUUCCAGCAGAUCUACGGGAAGAGGAUGGGCGGGCUGCUCUUCAUCCCCGCGCUCAUGGGGGAGAUAUUCUGGUCUGCCGCCAUUUUAUCGGCGCUCGGCGCCACCCUGAGUGUGAUCAUAGACAUGAACAUCAACAUGUCAGUGGUCGUCUCCGCACUCAUUGCCAUAUUCUACACGCUGGUGGGGGGCCUCUACUCCGUGGCCUACACAGACGUGGUCCAGCUCUUCUGCAUCUUUGUGGGCCUGUGGAUGAGCGUGCCCUCUGCCCUGGCCAACCCCGCGGUGUCGGACAUCGGUGUGACGGCGUACCAGAAGAUCUACCAGGCGCCCUGGCUGGGGAAGGUGGAGAAGGGAGACAUGUGGAAGUGGGCCGACAACUUCUGCCUGCUGAUGCUGGGGGGUAUUCCCUGGCAGGUGUAUUUCCAGCGUGUUCUCUCUGCCUCGUCGGCCACCUACGCUCAGGUGCUCUCCUUCCUGGCCGCCUUCGGAUGCCUCGUCAUGGCCGUGCCCUCAGUCCUUAUAGGAGCCAUAGGGGCUUCAACAGACUGGAACCAGACGUCGUACGGAGCCAUCUCUCCGAAGGACAGGAACCAGUCGGACAUGAUCCUGCCCAUCGUGCUGCAGCACCUGUGCCCGCCCUGGGUGUCCUUCUUCGGGCUCGGGGCCGUGUCCGCCGCCGUCAUGUCCUCCGCAGACUCCUCCAUCCUCUCCGCCAGCUCCAUGUUCGCUAGAAACAUCUAUAAGCUCGCCUUCCGCCAGUCUGCCUCGGACCGUGAGAUCGUGUGGGUCAUGCGGAUCACCAUCUUCGUGUUCGGCGCCAUGGCGACGGCCAUGGCGUUGCUGACGGGGACGGUGUACGGCCUGUGGUACCUGAGCUCCGACCUGGUGUACGUGAUCAUCUUCCCGCAGCUGCUGAGCGUGCUGUUCGUGCGCGGCACCAACACCUACGGCUCCGUGGCGGGCUACGUGUGCGGCCUGCUGCUGCGCAUCGGGGGCGGGGAGCCCUACCUCAUGCUGCCCCCCUUCAUCUACUACCCCUGGUGGCAGAUGGUCGACGGCGCGGUGCACCAGAAGUUCCCCUUCAAGACCGUCUCCAUGCUGGCCUCGCUGCUGGGCAACCUGGCGUUCUCCCACCUGGCCAAGUACCUGUUCGAGAGCGGCAAGCUGUCGGCCAAGUACGACGUGCUGGACGCCGUCAUGUCCAAGGACAGCAGCGACUUCAUGGACAAGACCACGCUGGUCAACCGCAACAUCAUCGGCCUGUCGGAGCUGGCCCCGGUCAAGCCCCGCCUCAGCGUCACGCUCGCCAACACCUUCGCCCGCAAAGAGACGCUGACCGAGGAGGACGAGUCCAGCCCUGACUCUCCUACCCGCGAGGAGAUUCAGUGACCACACACACAC